AUGGCGGGCGAUGAAGUACACUCUCAUGACGCUCCUAAUGAAAAAGUCGAAAAAACGUGUUUUCACUGCAAUAAGAAAGUGGAAAAUGAUUCAAAGUGCAUAAAGUGUAAAUACAGUUUCCAUCCAGCAUGUCUGAGACAAGCUGCAGCGAAAAAAAACGCAGUGUGUGCCCACGAGGUAGAUGGAAAGUUGUCUGUUCAUAAUAUGGUUUCUUCAGUUCCUACUCCUGCUAAAGAAUGCCAAGUCUGUCAAGCUAAAGAAACUGAAAUCCAGCUGCUGAACAUGCUUGUUGAAGAGCUGCGCAGUAAGAACAGGAUUUUAGAAGAAAAUUCAGGACUGCUGAAGGAAAUUGCCGAGUUGCUGAAGGGAAAUUUAGAUAAGUACGAGAACCAGAACGAAAAACAUGCUACAAAAAAAGGUAAACAGUCUACCGAUAAUCCCACUACCCAUACCACCAUAGCCAAGGUCAAUAAGAAUAGUGAAGUUAGCAACAACUCGAAAGUCUUAGUAAUAAAGACCCCUAGCACCAAGACCAGCUUAAGCGAAUUGGCUGUCACGGUUCCGAACUGUUCUGACAUGGUUCCGACCGAGGCCAAGGAGUUGAACCAAAUCAUAAGUGAAGAAGAACAUGAUUCAACCAAUAACCCCAAUAAGAAGAACAAAUUAGGAAAUACGUUGUCAAAUUUGCAACAAAACAUGAUGGACAAUGUAAUCAACUUAAACAAUGAUAUACCACAGGAUGAAAUUAUUCAAGCCUCGGGUCAAGCUGAACAAAAUGGUAACGAAUGGACAAAUGUGGUUGGAAGAAGGAAGAAAACCAUCAAAAAAAGGGACCCAAAAAGUCGUCCACCACCAAUUAUGGGUUCAAAUGAUACCACCAUGGGAAUCUCUGCUGCACAAAAGUACUCCUGGCUAUUUGUUUCUGGCUUGGAGGGAAGUACGCAAGCCCAAGAUGUGUUGAACUAUCUGAACACUAUCAACAAACAAAAUUAUGUAUGUGAAAAACUUCGAACAAAAAAUGAAAGAUAUGUGUCAUCAUUCAAAAUUGGUGUACCAGCUGCUCUCAAAGAAACCAUUAUGGAUGGGAAAAUCUGGCCCAAUGGUGUCAUCAUCAACCUUUUUAUGAAUCUCAAGAGUCUUGCCAGACAAUAA